UUUUAGGGUUUUUAUUUGGCGGUUUAAGAAAAAUAGUUCUGAACACAGAGGAGAAAAUCUACUAACUUAUUGGGCUCGGUGGCGUAAGGGUUAUGUGGGCAGAAGUUGAUGGUGGAGAAGGCUGGGUGCUUUGGCUUUGAAGUAGAAUUUUGGUGGGAAAAGGAUUGCUUGGGUUCUUAGGGUUUUUCAAGUUGCUGCCGUGGAUCAGAUUGUUGAGUAAGGUUUGUUAGUGACCGUAGAAAGGAACAGAGUAUUUAUUUUUUCAGAUAUGCGAACUUCGUGGGCUGAUGUUGCCGAAUCUGCAGCUGAGAAGCCAGCUGCUGGUUCUUCUGUUAGUAAUGGAGUUGGUAGCACUUCACGGCCUGCCAGAUCUUCUUAUGUGCCUCCACAUCUCCGUAACCGGCCGCCUUCUUCGGAACCUCCGGCGGCUCCGGCAUACAGCGGUCCUUCUGUGAGCAACGAUCGACCGGGUUAUGGUACUCAGCCUAGUGGAAAUCGUUGGGGUGGUCCUAGGUCUGAUUUGGGGCGGCCUGGAUACGGUACCGGUGGUCGCCUUGGCGGCGGCGGCGGCGGCGGCGGCGGUGGUGGUGGUUGGGGCAGCAGAGGCGGAGGCUGGGGCAACAGAGAACGUGAGGUGAACCCGUUUGGAGAUGAUGCCGAUGCCGAGCCUGCUUUUAAUGAGCUGGAGAAUUCCGGCAUUAACUUUGAUGCGUAUGAAGAUAUCCCGGUUGAGACGAGUGGGGAAAAUGUGCCACCGCCUGUGAAUACUUUUGCAGAGAUUGACUUGGGGGAAGCACUAAAUCUAAAUAUAAGACGGUGCAAAUAUGUCAAGCCAACACCUGUGCAGCGUCAUGCUAUACCGAUUUGUAUUGCAGGUCGGGAUUUGAUGGCAUGCGCUCAGACUGGGUCUGGCAAGACAGCCGCUUUCUGCUUCCCGAUUAUCAGUGGGAUAAUGAAUGGGAAGUUCGCACAGAGACCCCGUGGUGCAAGAACAGUGUAUCCACUUGCUCUUAUUUUGUCUCCUACGAGAGAGCUUUCAUGCCAGAUACAUGAGGAAGCSAGAAAAUUUUCUUAUCAAACUGGUGUUAGGGUGGUGGUUGCUUAUGGAGGAGCACCCAUUAACCAACAGCUUCGGGACUUGGAGAGGGGUGUUGAUAUUCUUGUGGCAACUCCAGGACGAUUGGUAGAUUUACUGGAGAGGGCUAGGGUUUCACUGCAGAUGAUCAGGUAUUUGGCUUUAGAUGAGGCAGAUCGAAUGCUUGACAUGGGGUUUGAGCCACAGAUUAGAAAGAUUGUGGAACAAAUGGACAUGCCUCCUCGGGGUGUAAGACAGACAAUGCUAUUCAGUGCCACCUUCCCAAAAGAGAUACAGAGAUUGGCAUCUGACUUUCUUUCACAUUACAUUUUUCUAGCUGUUGGAAGGGUUGGUUCAAGUACUGAUUUGAUUGUCCAAAGAGUGGAAUUUGUACAUGAGUCUGACAAGAGAAGCCACCUCAUGGAUCUUCUUCAUGCACAGAGGGCAAAUGGAACACAUGGAAAGCAAGCGCUGACUUUAGUUUUUGUGGAAACAAAGAAAGGAGCUGAUUCAUUGGAGCAUUGGUUAUGUAUAAAUGGUUUUCCUGCAACUACAAUCCAUGGUGAUAGAACACAACAGGAAAGAGAACAAGCGUUGAGGUCGUUCAAGAGUGGUGUCACCCCUAUCCUGGUGGCAACAGAUGUGGCAGCACGUGGUCUAGAUAUACCUCAUGUUGCACACGUGGUCAACUUCGAUCUCCCCAAUGACAUUGAUGACUAUGUACACCGGAUAGGACGAACAGGACGGGCUGGUAAGACGGGACUGGCUACGGCCUUCUUCAAUGAGAACAAUUCCUCAUUGGCAAGGGCCCUGGCUGAGCUGAUGCAGGAGUCAAACCAGGAAGUGCCUGCUUGGCUUUCUCGUUAUGCCGCCCGGUCUUCCUAUGGAGGGGGGAGGAACCGGCGUACUGGUGGAGGUCGUUUUGGUGGUAGAGACUUCCGCAGGGACGCACCUUUCAGUAGGGGUGGCAGUGGCGCAGAUUACUACAGCGGAGGCGGCAACAGCAGCGGUGGUGGAUAUGGUAGUUCCCCUGGUGGUGGAUAUGGGGGUGCCUAUACCAGUGCGUGGGACUAGUGCCCCAAAAUUUCAUAGGACUUGUGUUAUCUAAAUAUAAUUUUCAGAUGUGCACAUCUACACCUAUUUCUUCUUUUUCUACCGUAAUUUAUAGGUCUUAAGGUUAUUCUUUUUGUC